AUGUCAAUGGCGUCAAAGGACACGUAAUUUAUGAUUGGCUAAAAGAACGUGUGCUCGCAAAUGUACUACUUUACUACGUUAAAUAAUAUAUAAAAUGAAAUUAAUUGCUUUUUGCAAAUAAUAUCGAAGAGUGGCAGGGCACUCAAUACAGGUGCAACUGUCUAUUUCAUUUGGCGGCUAAACUGCAGAAUGCAACUUGAAGUUAGCUGUGGAUUGUUUAGCUUUUUUUUUUACAUGUAGUCUUUCAAGGAGUCAUAUUCUGCAGUUUUACCCAUUUGGCAUUUAUGGUGUAUAGGCAGCAAUAAAGUUUAGUGCAGGUUAGUUGUCUACUUCAAUUAUUUUGCCUCGAUUCAGGAUUAAAGCCUUGAAGGAAAGAGAAGGAUAUUGCUUUACUAUAUGUGAUACGUCCAUAAUAUUGAUCUAUCGUGCAAUAUUCAACAAUUCAAGGUGUCCUGAGGCUGCACAAUGUCGGACUCUGAGGCCAGCAAUUUUUCCGACAACCAGAGCGAGCGUGGUGGUGGAGGUAGCGACAGCGAAGCCGAAGCAGAUCGUUCUGUAAAAUCUGCUGCUGGUAGCGAUGUUGGGAGUACGGGUGCAAGAUCUCGUAGUGUAUCUCGAAGUCGGAGUCGGUCUAGAUCACGAUCAAGAAGUCAUUCCAGAUCGAAAUCACGUUCACGUUCUCGUUCUGGCUCAGGGUCUGAUGAUGGAAAAGCAGAUGAGGCUGAAGAAGCUCGGUCAGGUGAUGAAGAGGAACCCGAGCCUGAGGAAGAACCAGAAGGAGAGGACUUGGAUAACAGUAGCGAGUAUGAUGAGGAGGAGGAAGAAGAUGACGAUAGACCCAGAAAGAAAAAGAAGAAGGACAGAUAUGGUGGUUUUAUUAUUGAUGAAGCAGAGGUUGAUGACGAAGUUGAAGAUGAUGAAGAAUGGGAGGAAGGGGCACAAGAAAUUGGAAUUGUCGGUAAUGAAGUUGACGAAUUAGGGCCUACUGCUCGUGAAAUUGAAGGAAGACGCAGAGGAACCAAUCUGUGGGACUCGCAGAAAGAAGAUGAAAUUGAAGAAUACUUAAGAAAGAAGUAUGCUGACGAGUCUAUGGCCGCUCGACACUUUGGAGAUGGUGGUGAGGAAAUGAGUGAUGAAAUCACUCAACAAACUUUAUUACCAGGUGUGAAAGAUCCCAACCUUUGGAUGGUUAAGUGUCGCAUCGGUGAAGAGAAAGCAACUAUACUUUUAUUGAUGCGCAAGUUUAUUACGUACCAGUUCUCAGGUGAACCAUUGCAAAUAAAAUCUGUGGUAGCCCCAGAAGGAGUCAAAGGUUACAUUUACAUAGAGGCUUACAAGCAACCACACGUAAAGGCUGCUAUAGAAAAUGUCGGUAACUUAAGGGUGGGAAUCUGGAAGCAACAAAUGGUACCAAUCAAAGAAAUGACAGAUGUACUGCGAGUUGUAAAAGAGCAAACUGGUCUUAAAGCUAAACAAUGGGUCAGACUAAAGAGAGGCAUUUACAAAGAUGACAUAGCCCAAGUGGAUUACGUUGAUUUAGCACAAAAUCAAGUUCACCUGAAGUUACUACCUAGAAUCGACUACACAAGACCUCGCGGAGCACUUAGAACAGCACAAAGUGAAUCUGAGGCCCUAAAAAGAAAAAAGAAAAGAAGGCCGCCUGCGAAACCGUUUGAUCCUGAAGCCAUUCGUGCAAUUGGUGGUGAAGUUACCAGUGAUGGAGACUUUUUAAUAUUUGAGGGCAAUCGAUACAGCCGUAAAGGAUUUUUGUACAAAAAUUUCACAACAAGUGCUAUAAUUGCUGAAGGCAUAAAGCCAACUCUUUCUGAACUUGAACGAUUUGAAGAAGCUCCUGAAGGUAUUGAUAUAGAAUUGAGCGGUACUCCAGCAACAGGUGCAUCCACUGGAAAGGAUGACCAGGCCGUAACGCAUUCCUUCAGUAAUGGAGAUAACGUCGAGGUUUGUGAAGGAGAAUUAAUGAACCUGCAAGGCAAAAUCGUCUCCAUAGACGGAAAUAUGAUAAUGGUAAUGCCAAAGCAUGAAGAGCUGAAAGAAGCAUUGGAAUUCCAAGCAAAUGAACUCAGAAAGUACUUUACCAUGGGAGAUCAUGUUAAGGUUGUAGCUGGCAGAUACGAGGGCGACACAGGUUUAAUUGUACGCGUUGAACAAAAUAGAGUAGUAUUAUUCUCUGAUUUGUCAAUGCAUGAACUCGAAGUACUUCCAAGAGAUCUUCAACUCUGCUCUGACAUGGCAACUGGUGUUGAUAGUUUAGGACAAUUUCAAUGGGGUGAUCUUGUGCAGUUGGAUGCGCAGACUGUCGGCGUGAUAGUACGUCUCGAGCGUGAAAACUUCCACGUACUUUCAAUGCAUGGAAAGGUGGUCGAAGCCAGACCACAAGGUCUGACAAAACGUCGCGAGAACAGAAAUGCAGUGGCACUGGACUCACAGCAAAACACUAUUCAGAAAAAGGAUAUAGUAAAAGUAGUCGACGGUCCUCAUGCUGGUAGAGGUGGCGAGAUAAAACAUCUUUACAGAAGUUUCGCUUUUCUGCAUUCACGAAUGUACGUGGAUAACGGGGGUAUAUUUGUCUGCAAAACAAGACACUUGCAGCAAGCUGGCGGGAAUAAAUCCGGAAUGACGCCCUCAAUGUCACCUAUUUCCGGUUUCAUGUCACCAAGGAUCGCAUCCCCAAUGCAUCCUAGUGGUGGUGGUUUUGGGAGAGGUGGUGGUGGUGGACGAGGCAGAGGACGAGGAGGCGGUAUAAGACGCGACAGAGAACUGAUCGGCACGACUAUAAAAAUUACUCGUGGUCCCUACAAAGGAAACGUCGGAAUUGUCAAAGAUGCCACGGAAAAAACAGCUCGUGUUGAGUUACAUUCUACCUGUCAAACAAUUUCGGUAGACAGAUCUCAUAUAGCAAAUGUUGGAGUUCCUACGAAAGACGGAAGCUUCAGCAGUUACAGUCGUACCCCUGCAUACACUGCUGGUGGACAAACACCAAUGUACGCCAGAGAUGGAUCCAAAACGCCAAUGCAUGGUUCUCAAACUCCUAUGUACGAGAAUGGAUCUCGGACACCUCAUUAUGGUUCUAUGACACCAUCACACGAUGGUUCACGUACUCCUGGUCAAUCCGGAGCCUGGGAUCCAGCCGUUACGAAUACACCAGCUAGAAGUAACGACUUUGACGGAUAUAGUAUGGAAGAAGGGGGAUCUCCAGGUUAUGCACCUGGUUAUCCAGGAACGGGUGGUCCUUUCACUCCACAAACACCUGGUACUAUGUAUGGAUCAGAACAAAGUUACAGUCCAUAUCAGCCAAGUCCCAGUCCUGCAGCAAGUGCUACUGCAAGCCCAAGUCCGGCUGGAUACAUUGCUACACCUUCUCCAUCAGGAACUGGAUAUACGACUAGUCCUCAUGGAGCUUUUGCUACACCGUCACCUAUGGGAUACAGUCCAAUGACACCAGGUGUUGCUGGAAGUCCUUACAAUCCUCAAACUCCUGGUGCAGGACUCGAUGCGGGAGUUUCGUCAGGAAUGAUAGGGGGUUCGGAAUGGCACACGACUGACAUAGAAGUUCGUAUUCGCGAUUCCCAUCAGGAUCCUGCAUUAGCUGGUCAACAAGGUGUCAUUCGCGGAAUUUCAGGUGGCAUGUGUGCGGUAUUCCUGCCAGCAGAGGAUCGCGUUGUUAACUUGGUAUGUGAACAAUUGGAACCUGUGGUACCAUCACGCGGUGAUCGUGUCAAAGUAGUCUUAGGUGAAGACCGUGAAGCAGUGGGUACUUUACUCUCAAUUGACAAUCAAGAAGGAGUUGUUAAACUCAAUACGGAAGAAGUUAAGAUGUUGCUUUUGCGAUAUUUAUGUAAGAUGAAAGCUCCUGCCUCAUAAUUUUAAUACUGAUAAUCUAUGAGGUAUUAUAAAGAGUCACCGUGCAACAUAAUGCAAGCGGAUUCUAAGUUCUCACGGUACAGUACAUGUCUGAAUACAGUUGCACGUAUAAUCAAUUAGAUAUAUUAGCAGUUAUACUCAGGACUGCAUUACAUAUUUGAAAAUUGACUAAUAAUGUUUUGGAUUCCCGAUAUACUAAAUUAAAGUUUCAGAAAAAUAAAUUUGCUGCUGAUAUUUGGGUAUGUUAUCGAAGAUGAAGUAUAUAUUAUAUAUUAUUUUGAGUGAUAAUACAUAUUAUAUUCAUUUCAUUCAUAUACUGUCCUUUACUUACAUCAUUCAAAACUAAAUUUCUUACAAACAAUAUCUUUCUGUAAUACAACAUCGCCCAUAUGCAUGACCAUGCAAACAUGUGACCACUAUUGUCCCACUUAUUAUAAAUUUUGUAAUAAAUUGGGAAUAAUAAUUGAAUAACUGAUCAUUAA